AUGUCUUUCUGGCCUUUCGGGCAGAAUGUCCACUCAAAUAUCAACAGAAUUCUGGAGGAGUACUUCCAUAUACUGCAUGCGCUGGAAAAACGAGACGAAAGCGGCCAUGUGGCCGAGAAUGCGGACCUGACCCCCGAAGAGCCAGAAGAAGUUAGCGACGUCCAGACGUCUUCCAUGUCGUCCCCCGAGUCCCAAAACCUAACUACACAGUCGCUGAAUAGUUGCUACAUUGAUAAUAUCCUGAAAGAGUCCGAGCUUCUGAACGAGCUCACGAGACAGAACAACACUUUACUCGAUUUCAUAUGUUUUGGGUACUUUUACAAUGGAGAAAACGCCAAAGUACAAAACAUCGAAUAUCUCAUCGACCAGCUCAUGAAGUGUAUCGACAACAUCGACGACGCCAUGGACGGCAACGUGAUUCCCUUGCCACCCGCUACAGGUACGGACACGCAGGCCAUUGGCCUAGGAAACGACGAAACGAGAGACGCUAACAACGAUUUCCGAGAUGAUUAUGACGACGACACGAUAGUUCCCAACCUGGAUGAGGAUGACAGCAAGCAAUCGCCCAAUCUAAACAAGGCCACCAUCAUAUCAGAAAUUUUCGCACUCGACAUAUGGCUUAUAUCAGAGUCAGUGGUCAAAAACGUGCAAUAUUUGAACAAAAUGUGGUCCAUAAUGUACCACCCGCAUUUUUCUUCAGAGAAAUCUCCACUGAUCCCCAUAUUUCUUAAGAUAAAUCAGAAUUUGCUGGCUACAAGACAGGACCAAUAUCUGAAUUUCAUCAGAACCCGCGAAACUUUGGUCCAAGACAUGCUCAGCCACAUUGAAUUAUCCGUCUUGAUGGACUUCUUCUUGAAAAUCAUAUCAACGGAUAAGCAAGAGUCUCCAUCUGGCAUGAUCGAACUCGUACAUGAACAGAAGCUUAUCGACCGACUUCUACAACACCUGGACAAUGACAAGUAUUCACCUGAUAUCCAAGCGUGCGCCGGCGAUUUUUUAAAAGUUUUGAUUGCUAUAUCUGCCAAUGCGCCAUUAGACGAAAUGUCAAUCGGUCCGAAUUCCUUGACAAGGCAUCUGGCUUCUGAACCAUGCGUCAAAUAUUUGCUGGACGCCAUAGUCAAAAAAAGGGGCGACGCGCUCAUAACGGCAGUAUCGGUUGUUAUAGAACUCAUUCGCAAGAACAAUUCAGACUACGACCAAGUUAACCUUUUAACAACCACUCUCGAUUCGCAUCCACCUUCUGUCAGAGACCCAAUAUAUUUGGGCGAGCUGCUCAAAGUCUUCAGCACAGGCGUUCCACUUCUUUAUCAGGUACUUGUGGAUAUCGAGGAGGACAAUACCAUACCAGUGAUAGAAAAUCAACUCGGACAAAAAUUCAAACCACUUGGGUUCGAGCGGUUCAAGGUGGUUGAGUUGUUUGCAGAGCUACUUCAUUGUUCGAACAUGGGUCUUUUGAAUUCGAAAAAGGCCGAGAGGAUAAUGAAAGAACGUAAUGAAUGUAGAGUUCAGGUUGAAGCACAAUUACGAGAUGCUUUAUCGGAGCUCGAAAUACAAGAUGACGGAACUCCUAAGAAGAAUCCCACUGAAAUGGAGGGGAUUGACGUUGAGGAUCUGGAUGAAACUUUUGAGAUACCUUAUGUCAAUGCUGACCAAAACAGGAAAUUGAGGAUAAACCCAACAAUAGGGGAUCUUUUCAAGAUCAAAUUAUAUGAUGUUGAAGUUUUGCCCAAGGUCGUCAGCUUAUUUCUGCAAUACCCGUGGAAUAAUUUCUGGCAUAAUGUCAUCUUUGAUGUAAUACAACAGAUCUUUAACGGUCGGAUGGAUUUUUCCUACAAUUCAUUUCUCGUCUAUUCCUUGUUCAACGGCGAGGGUUCAAAUAAAUUUAUGAACGAUCCAAGGAGGCUACCGAACCCUUUCAAUAUCACGCAUAACUUGAUAUUAGAAGGCUACCGAGAAUCAUAUUCCUUUUUCGAAAAAUAUAACACAAGCUUGGGAUUCAUGGGUCAUUUGGUUCUAAUCGCGGAAGAAAUUGUAAAAUUCUCGAAAGUGUACAAGGUGGAACUCAUUUCACCUGACAUACAGAGAGCCCUCCUAGAUGAAGACUGGACCUUUUAUGCCGAGGACGUUCUCAACGACACUAGGAUAAUGUACUCAAAGAUUUUAGGUGGGACGGAUUACAUGGAGGAUGACGAGAAUUCUCGUCAACGGAAAGCACCAAGCGAAAGUUCGGAAGGAAUGAGCUCAAACGGGGGCUCUCUGAUAAAUGUCAACAGCAUAGGUAACGCGUCUGAACCUGAAUUUUCGACGCAGGCAGACCUGCAUCAAAAGUUAAGACAAAAACUCAUAGAAAGAUCACGCCAGGAGGUCGAUCGAAAAAAUAAAGAGAAAGGCGUUAUUCUACUCGGCAUGUCACCAGAAGAUACCGCACAAACGCGGCCCUCGAUUAAUGACCAUAAUGAUAGAGUAUCUGGAGAUGAGGAGACAUGA